AUGACAGAAAGAAACCAAACUAUCAUCUCAGAGUUCCUCCUCCUGGGCCUGCCCAUCAAAGCUGAGCACCAACACCUGUUCUAUGCCCUAUUUCUAGCCAUGUACCUUACCACUGUCCUGGGGAACCUCCUCAUCAUUAUCCUUAUUCGACUGGACCCCCAGCUCCACACACCCAUGUAUUUGCUUCUCAGCAACUUGUCCUUCUCUGACCUCUGCUUCUCCUCAGUCACAAUGCCCAAACUCUUGCAGAACAUGCAGAGCCAAGUCCCAGCCAUCCCCUACACAGGCUGCCUGACACAGAUGUACUUCUUCCUGUAUUUUGGAGACCUGGAGAGCUUUCUCCUUUUGGCCAUGGCCUAUGACCGCUAUGUGGCCAUCUGCUUCCCCUUACACUACACCAGCAUCAUGAGCCCCAAGCUGUGUGGGGGUCUGCUGGCGUUGUCCUGGCUGCUGACCACGUUGCAUGCCAUGCUGCACACCCUGCUCGUGGCCAGGCUGUCAUUCUGUGAGAACAACGUGAUUCCCCACUUUUUCUGUGAUUUGUCAGCUCUUGUGAAGCUGGCCUGCUCUGACACACAUGUCAAUGAGUUGGUGAUAUUUAUCAUGGGAUGUCUUAUAAUUGUCACUCCAUUUCUACUCAUCAUCAUGUCCUAUGCACGAAUUGUCUCCUCCAUCCUCAAGGUCCUUUCUGUUAGAAGUAUCCACAAAGUCUUCUCUACCUGUGGCUCCCAUCUAGCAGUGGUGUCACUGUUCUAUGGGACAGCUGGUGCUCUCUAUUUAUGUCCAUCAGCCAAUAACUCCACCGUGAAGGAGACUGUCAUGGCGAUGAUGUACACGGUGGUGACCCCCAUGCUGAACCCCUUCAUCUACAGCCUCAGGAACAGAGACAUGAAGGGAGCCCUGGGGAGAAUAUUUUAUAAGAAGAAAAUUCCGUUCUGCCGAUAA